AUGGCGCUCGGGGGCGGGGACAAGGCGCAGCAGAGCGCAAGUCCACAGGGCCUGCAGUCCAGAGUGGCCAUGGAGCCCUGCCCAGAAGAGCACUACUGGGACACUCUGCUGAGUGUCUGCAUCUCCUGCAAAUCCAUCUGCAGCCAUCAGAUUCCACGCACCUGUGCAGCCUUCUGCAAGUCCUUCAACUGUCACAAGGAGCAGGGCUGGUACUACGACCAGCUGCUGAAAGACUGCAUCAGCUGUGCCUCUAUCUGUGGCCGCCACCCCAUGCAAUGCACCUUCUUCUGUGACAAGUUCAGGAGCACCGCAAAGUUCCCAACUGAGGUCAGGAGACAGCGAACUGAAGAGACCGGAAUCAGGUCUAGCAACCUUGGACGGAAUCAGGGACCACAGCACAGAGGUGCAGAGGCGGGUCCAGUGCCCCCGGGACUGAAGCUGAGCACAGAGCAGCUGGCCCUGGUCUACAGCACCCUGGGGCUCUGCCUGGGCGCCAUCUUCUGCUGCUUCCUGCUGGCCGUUGCCUGUUUCCUCAAGCGGAGAAGCGCGCAGUUCUCUGGCCCGCCCCCGCCGGGGCCCUGCCGGCCGGGGGCCACGUCCACCAAGGAUCACUGGAUGGAAGCCGGGAGCGCCGCGGGGCCGCUGGAGCCGGUGGAGACGUGCAGCUUCUGCUUCCCGGAACGCAGGGCGCCCACCCAGGAGAGCACCGGGCCGCCUCCCACCCCAACUCCGGUGCGCGCCCCGGCCGCUCCGCAGGCGCCCUGCACGCGCGCGGGGGACGGCAGCCUCGGGCCGGGACUUGCGGCCCCGCAGGACUGGGGCUCCGCCGCGUGA